UCAAACCUCCUCCUUCCAUUUCCCACCACCCCAAAAAAAGAGAGAACAUACACCAAGUCAUGGCCAUGGCAACCCAAGCCUCCCUCUUCUCCGCCGCCGCCGCCCCAAAAUCCUCCGUGGCAGCCCCAUGGAAGCAAUCCCUCGCCAGCUUCCCCACCCUAAAGCCCGCCAAAACCCAAACCAUCCGCCCCAUCCGCGCCAUGGCCGAGGAGGCCACAGCCGCGACUGAGGCCGCCCCGGCGGGAUUCACCCCGCCGGAGCUGGAUCCGAACACCCCAUCCCCGAUCUUCGGGGGCAGCACGGGCGGGCUCCUCCGGAAGGCGCAGGUGGAGGAGUUCUACGUGAUCACGUGGGAGUCCCCCAAGGAGCAGGUGUUCGAGAUGCCGACGGGCGGCGCGGCUAUCAUGAGGCAGGGGCCGAACCUGCUGAAGCUGGCUAGGAAGGAGCAGUGCCUCGCCCUCGGCACCCGACUCCGGUCCAAGUACAAGAUCAACUACCAAUUCUACCGGGUUUUCCCCAACGGAGAGGUGCAGUAUCUGCACCCCAAGGAUGGGGUCUACCCGGAGAAGGUCAACCCCGGAAGGACCGGAGUCGGCCUGAACUUCCGGUCCAUCGGGAAGAACGUCAGCCCCAUCGAGGUCAAGUUCACCGGCAAGCAGGUUUACGAUCUGUGAGCGCUCUGUAAUUUGUUUGUAACCGUGUAUUUAUUAUGUGCUUUUUUUGCUUCAUCAAAGAUACUCCUACUUUGUUAAAUGUGCUUUACUAAUUCAUCUCUUUCGUUGUACUAUCA